AUGGAGGUGGAGAUGAGGAUGGAGGACACGGGAGAGGGCGGCGGGAGGAGGAGGGCUACGACGAAGGCGGAGGAGGAGGAAGCGGUGGGAUUGACAGAGGCGCCGUCGAUCGAGAGCGAGUUCGACGGGGAGCGGGUGCCGCCUUGGCGGGAGCAGUUGACGGCGCGGGCCUUCGCGGUGAGCCUGGUGUUGGGGGCGAUGUUCAGCGUGAUCGUGAUGAAGCUCAACCUCACCACCGGUGUCAUCCCCUCCCUCAACGUCUCCGCCGGCUUGCUCGGCUUUUUCUUCGUCAGGACCUGGACGGUGGCGCUCGGCAGGGCGGGUCUCCUCCGCCUGCCCUUCACCCGCCAGGAGAACACCGUCAUCCAGACCUGCGUCGUCGCCACCUCCGGCAUCGCCUUCAGCGGUAAUCCCCUCCGCCUCCUUAUCGUUAGCUGCUUUCCAACCAUAAUUACGUAG